AUGGGUGCACGAAAGAAGGAGGCCGCCCGCCGGGAGCGGCAGGGCGUUUCGACAGAUGGUAUGGCAAAUGUCAAGACGAAAGGCGAAAACUUCUACAGGAGUGCCAAAAAAGUCAAAACCUUGAAUAUGUUCAAGGACGGCAGGGCCCAGAGAAACGCCGCAGGCGAUAUCACCAAAGCGGCAUCCUACCAAUCCCGCGAGAAACCACAAGCAAGAGUCGAGCCGAAUCGAAAGUGGUUUGGAAAUACUCGAGUUAUCUCUCAGGAUGCCUUGGACUCUUUCCGACAAGCUGUUGCUGAAAGGGCUGCCGAUCCAUAUCAGGUCCUUCUCAAGACGAAUAAACUGCCUAUGAGUUUAAUCCGGGACACCGAGAACACCAAGAAUGGGGUUAAACAACAUCAAGCAAAAAUCGCAGUCGAGUCAGCCCCAUUCGCAGAUACCUUUGGACCUAAGUCGCAGCGGAAGCGUGUGAAGCUCAGUUCAGGAACUGUCACAGAUCUAGCUGAUGAAUCCGUGAAAAUGCAUGACAAUUAUCUUGAAAGGCUAGAAGAGAACAAACUUCUCAGUGGACAAGCUGCCGCUGCCGAAACAUCGCAAGGCCAAGAUGAUGGACAGCUGACCACCGCCCGAGAGCCCAUAUUUUCCAAGGGCCAGAGUAAACGAAUUUGGAACGAAUUGUACAAGGUCAUCGACUCUUCCGAUGUCGUUAUUCAUGUCCUAGAUGCACGAGAUCCUGAAGGGACGAGAUGUCGAAGUGUCGAGAAAUACAUCCGGGAGGAGGCGCCUCACAAGCACUUGAUAUUCGUUUUGAAUAAAUGUGACCUGGUACCGACGAAAAUUGCGGCGCAAUGGGUGCGUUUACUGUCGAAAGACUAUCCCACCCUUGCUUUCCAUGCUUCGAUGACGAAUUCUUUCGGCAAAGGGUCUCUCAUCACUCUUUUACGGCAAUUUUCCACAUUGCAUUCAUCUCGAAAGCAAAUCUCCGUUGGGUUUAUAGGCUACCCCAAUACUGGAAAGUCCUCCAUCAUCAACACUUUACGGAAAAAGCGAGUGUGUACAGUAGCACCGAUCCCAGGCGAGACAAAAGUGUGGCAAUAUAUCACUCUAAUGAAAAGAAUAUACCUUAUCGAUUGCCCUGGUGUCGUACCCCCGAGUCAGUCCGACAGCGAAGAAGAUAUUCUCCUGAGAGGCGUCGUCCGAGUCGAAAAUGUGGAACAUCCCGCACAAUACGUCGAAGCUGUACUGCGGAGGACUCAAACCCGCCACAUCGAACGAACGUACGAGAUGAAGGCAUCCGAAUACAAUGACGAUCCUAUCGAGUUUCUGAGCAUCCUUGCCCGCAAAGGUGGGCGAUUGUUGAAAGGCGGCGAGCCAGACGUUGAUGGCGUUGCCAAGAUGGUUCUCAAUGAUUUCUUACGAGGCAAGAUUCCAUGGUUUACACCUCCACCGAAGAGAGAAGGCGCCAGCACAGAAGAGGCUGUGGAAGUGGUGGAAGGGCGCGAAGGUCGACUGGGCGAGAUGCCUGGGAAGAGAAAGGCCACUGCCGCUGAACCUGACCAAGAAGGCGAACACGUUAACCAAUCCGGUUCUGAGGAGGAGGAGGAUGAAGAAGAUGAGGGGGAUAACGAUGAUGAUACUACGUCUCCUAACGACAAUGACUUUGCAAAAUUUGACGACGAGGAAGAUGAGGACGAAGACAGUGAUCCCGAGCAGGAUGACCAUGGCGGUGCUAAAGUAUAA